GAAGUGGUCCCUGUUUCUACAGCUGUGAGACAUCGAAGGCCCACGACCGCAGAGCCAUGCAGGGUCUUGGCAUCCUGUUCCUGCUGCUGACUGCCUGCCUUGCUUCGAGGGCUGACCAUGUGUCAACAGGACCAGAUAUCCAGGUUCAGGAGAACUUCACCUGGUCCCGGAUGUAUGGAAAAUGGUACACCCUGGCCAUUGGUUCCACAUGCCCGUGGGUGAAGCGGAUUAAGACCGACAUGAGCGUGGGCACACUGGUGCUGCAAGAGGGGGCGACACAAGACGAGAUCAGCAUGACCAGUACUAAAUUGCGGAAAGGCGUCUGCGAGGAGAACUCUGGGGUAUAUCAGAAGACAGACACCGAUGGAAAGUUCCUUUACCACACAUCCAAAUGGAACACAACCUUGGAAUCCUACGUGGUCCACACCAACUAUGACGAGUAUGCCAUUUUCCUUACCAAGAAGUUCAGCCACCGCCAUGGACCCGCCAUCAUGGCCAAGCUCUAUGGCCGGGAGCCACAGCUGAGGGACAGUCUUCUCCAGGAGUUCAGGGAGGUGGCCCUGAGUGUGGGCAUCCCUGAGAACGCCAUCAUUUUUAUGGAAAACAGAGGGGAAUGUGUCCCUGGGAAUCGGGAGGUGGAGCCCAAUUCGUCUUCGGGUACGAGGAACUAAUAUGAAGUUGAAGGUGACAGUCUGCAAGCCAGAGGGUAGCCACUGUCUGUCACAGUACAGCUUUGAUGAUCUGGACCCAAAUAAAACAAGCUGUCACUUCCUAGCA